GAGAGAGCACACACGCACAUUUACAUCCUUUUCCAUUUCUUCUCUCACCCACUCUGCCCCUCUUUCUCCCUCUCUCCUCUCUCUCUCCCUUUCCCUCAGAUGCACACACACGCAUACACACAUGCACAGGCAGACCCCCCUCUCACACAGUAGUAGAUCGAGAGCAGUGAAGAGCAGAAGGAGCAGGGUGGCAGGAGUGAGGCAGGAGGGCUGUUGUUGAUUGAACAAAGCCAGGAAAGGAGUGCGCAGUCCUGGAGAGAACAGCAGCUGUGAAAUGCCUCGAAGGGAGCCUGCCAGCAACUCCUGCGGAGACCUGAAGGUGUUGAGCUUCAGCUGAGGAUGGCAGGAGAUUCACGAGUCCUCAUGGACCACAACAUGGAGAUAGGAGUAACACCUGCGCAGGUGAAGAAGCUUCCUAAACACUUGCGGGAUGCUCAGAUCUCUACAGAGAGAACCCAUUUGAUUUCUGACCCUGCCAAGAAGCCACGUCAGCGAUACGUACAGAAGGAUGGCAAAUGCAACGUUCACCACGGAAACGUUCAAGAGACCUACCGAUACCUUAGUGACUUGUUCACUACACUGGUGGACCUACGCUGGCGUCUUAGUCUCUUCAUUUUCACCUUGGUUUAUGUAGUCAACUGGCUUUUCUUCGGCUUUCUAUGGUGGCUGAUAGCGCUCAUUCGUGGGGAUCUGGUGCAUGCUGAUGAGGAGGGCUGGACCCCCUGUGUGGAAAACCUCAACAGUUUUGUCUCAGCUUUCCUCUUCUCCAUUGAAACAGAGACCACCAUUGGGUAUGGUUAUCGUGUAAUCACAGAAAAAUGCCCUGAGGGUAUCAUACUGCUUUUGGUGCAGGCCAUCUUGGGUUCUAUUGUUAACGCCAUGAUGGUGGGCUGCAUGUUUGUCAAGAUCUCACAGCCAAAGAAUCGCGCCGAGACCCUCAUGUUCUCGCACAAAGCUGUCAUAUCGGUGCGUGACAACAAGAUGUGCCUGAUGUUUCGGGUGGGGGACCUGAGGAACUCUCACAUCGUGGAGGCAUCGAUCAGAGCGAAGCUGAUCCGCUCGCAGCAAACCAAGGAGGGGGAGUUCAUCCCGCUCAACCAGACUGACAUCAACAUUGGAUUUGACACGGGAGACGACCGGCUGUUCCUGGUGUCACCUCUUAUCAUCUCUCACGAGAUCAACGAGAAGAGCCCUUUCUGGGAGAUGACACUGGCACAAAUGGAAAAGGAGGAGUUUGAGAUCGUCGUUAUCCUUGAGGGCAUGGUGGAGGCCACAGGGAUGACAUGUCAGGCACGAAGUUCCUACCUGGACACAGAGGUACUUUGGGGCUACCGCUUCACACCAGUGCUCUCCCUGGAGAAGGGCUUCUACGAAGUAGACUACAACAACUUCCACGAAAUCUACGAGACCAACACCCCAACCUGCAGCGCUAAGGAGCUAGCUGCUAAGCUUCGGGAGGGGCCACUAUUGCCUCAGCUUUCGCUCCUCAGCCCUGAGCCCAAAAUGCAUACUUUUGACACCCUAGACAGCAUGUCCGAACGGGACCCGCUCAGCCCGGAAGAGGAGAAGGAGGAGAGAGAUUCAGGAGGUGACAGAGGAGAGACUAAUGGCUCAGCAGCAGCUUUGGAGGAUCUGCCCCUUGCUGAUGGACUGCCUGACUGAUGUGACUGGGCGGCCACAUCAGCAAAAAAAUCCAAGAGAGACUGGGCAAGAGGACAGGACAAUAUAAUGCUUUAUUUAGUCAAUGACCAGCUUGUUCCUUUGCAAUGCUUGGAGAUACAAGACAUCCAGCCCCCGACUCAUGCAAUACUCCUCUACUAGAGUGUCAAUCUAUAGUAUAGAUUGGUUUUGUAGACACGUAAGUACAUACACAGACACACACGUGCAGUAUCUAUAUCUACACUUAAAGGUUGGUGGCUCAGAUUGUCUUUUUAUAAUCGUAACGACCACUUACUGCUCUAACAGCUCAAGUUGUAUAAUGUGAACUUGAGCUGAAACUGGUAGCCAUGACGGAGUACCAUGGGCUUAUUAUGGAUACUCCAAUAUUCUCAUUUUAGAGUGUGUUGAUUCAGCUUCAUUUGAACAAAGCAUCAUCCUCAUAUCUCUGCUAAUGUGUCUGACAGUCCGCCUCUGAGUGAAAAUGGAACCUUGUUAUUGACAAUUUUUAAAACGUGGAAUAUUA